GUCUGAGUUUGAAGUGCUGAAGGACUAAUCUUCAUAUAAAAAGCAAAUCAUCAAUUUCAGUUCCCGAAGGUCAAGAACACUCUGCAGUACAAAGGAACAAAAGAGGACUGAAGAAUCACUGGGCUUACACAUUUUGGAAAAAAAUAUGGAAAGUGUUUUACAGCUGACUAAACAUACCCAAAGGAACUUUAUUGACAGUACUUUGAAAAUCCUCAGUUAGCAGUUUGUUCUUUCGCUUAAAACGAACCAGCAAUUUCCAGAUAGAGCUCAUCAUUUCUACUGCUCUGCCCGGCACACAUUCAUACCCUCGAGCCCAGUUAAUUUAAUUUUCUGUUUUUGCUACCUUGUGUUUAUUUUCUUUUGUGACCCAAAGAAAUACAUCAAAAUGGUUCUGGUGGAGUACUUGUGGAUGGUAAUUGUUGGCUUUAUUAUUGCUUUUAUCUUGGCCUUUUCAGUUGGAGCAAAUGAUGUGGCCAAUUCAUUUGGCACAGCUGUUGGUUCUGGUGUGGUAACAUUACGACAAGCCUGCAUAUUGGCUUCAAUUUUUGAAACAACUGGCUCUGUAUUACUUGGAGCUAAAGUGGGAGAAACUAUUCGAAAGGGAAUUAUUGACGUAAACCUCUACAACAACACGGUGGACCUGCUUAUGGCUGGAGAAGUUAGUGCAAUGGUUGGUUCUGCUGUAUGGCAGCUGAUUGCAUCUUUCUUGAGACUGCCAAUCUCUGGCACCCACUGCAUUGUUGGCGCAACUAUUGGCUUUUCACUUGUUGCAAUUGGCACACAUGGUGUUCAGUGGAUGCAGCUUGUCAAGAUUGUUGCCUCUUGGUUCAUUUCACCCCUGUUGUCGGGUCUGAUGUCUGGUGCACUGUUUUUGAUGAUAAAGUUUUUCAUCUUGAAAAAGGAGGAUCCAGUUCCCAAUGGACUUAAAGCACUUCCAGUGUUUUAUGCUGCUACAAUAGGAAUUAAUGUUUUUUCUAUAUUGUAUACUGGGGCCCCCUUGCUAGGACUAGAAUCCUUUCCAGUGUGGGCCACUGCUCUGCUAUCAAUAGGCAUUGCCAUCAUCUUUGCAUUAAUUGUUUGGUUCUUUGUUUGCCCAUGGAUGAAAAAGAAAAUAGCAAGUCGAUUGAAGAAGGAAGGAGCAUUGUCACGGAUAUCAGAGGAAAGUCUUGAUAAAAUACAAGAUGAAGAGACUUCUGUAUUUAAAGAAUUGCCUGGUGCAAAGGGAAAUGAUGAAAGUGCACUACCUCUCACAAGCUCUUCCACAGAUGCAGCUGUUGCCUCUGAUUCUGUAUCAAAUGGAAACACUAGAGUGCCAUAUGGAAGGGCUGCUUCAAUGACAAAUGGGUCCAUUAGAUCCCCUAUUUCCAAUGGUACAUUUAAUUUUGAUGGCCACACAGUGAAAAGUGAUGUUCAUGUCUAUCACACCGUUCACAAGGAUUCUGGGCUGUACAAGGACUUAUUGCACAAUAUACAUCUUGACAGAGUAAAAACUGAUCGCCCUGCUCCUGAAAAUAACUACCGGGUACUGAGGCGCAACAACAGCUACACUUGUUACACUGCUGCUAUUUGUGGUGUACCAGUACAUUCAACUUUUAAGUCAUCUGAUGUAGCCAUGCCAGAAGAUAGCGAAAAGCUUGUUGGAGACACAGUAUCUUACUCCAAAAAACGUGUACGAUAUGACAGCUAUUCCAGUUAUUGCAAUGCAGUUGCAGAAGCAGAAAUUGAAGCAGAAGAAGGCGGUGUAGAGAUGAAGCUUGCUACAGAUCUCGCUGACCCAAAUCCACCUCAAGAUGAUUCACUAGAAGAGGACAAGGAAGAGAAGGAUAAGUCAGAAGUCCACCUCCUUUUUCACUUUCUUCAGAUUUUGACAGCUUGUUUUGGAUCCUUUGCGCAUGGUGGAAAUGAUGUUAGCAAUGCCAUUGGACCACUUGUUGCUUUGUGGCUGAUUUAUGAACAAGGAGGAGUAAUGCAAGAAGCCUCUACUCCUGUCUGGUUGUUGUUAUAUGGAGGAGUUGGCAUCUGCGCUGGCCUCUGGGUAUGGGGACGAAGAGUAAUUCAGACCAUGGGAAAAGACCUUACCCCAAUUACACCCUCCAGUGGAUUCACUAUUGAGUUGGCUUCAGCGUUCACAGUUGUGGUAGCUUCCAAUAUUGGACUCCCUAUCAGUACCACACACUGCAAGGUUGGAUCCGUUGUUGCUGUGGGAUGGAUUCGCUCACGUAAAGCUGUUGAUUGGCGUUUGUUCCGUAACAUCUUUUUGGCCUGGUUUGUGACAGUCCCAGUAGCUGGUUUAUUCAGUGCAGGAGUCAUGGCAAUCCUUCAGUAUGGCAUUCUUCCAUAUGUUUGACAUCCAUUAACUACAAAAGCAAAAGUUUAGUGCAUAAUGUAAAACACCUAGCUCUACAGCAAUAUUUGGGGAUGUCUGCUUUGAAGCCCAGCAUAUGAGGAGUGAGAACAGACAAGCCCUCUUUACUCAUCAAAGCAUCAUCUUGGUGUAACUAUUCUAUCUGCUGUAUAUAAUAUGUCAUAUUGGUGACAUGGUGCGAUGUGGCUCAUUACUACUAUUUAAAACAAAUAUAUAUAUAUAUUCGUAUAGUAGGUAACACUACCAGAGUAUUAUAAUUUGGGAUGGGAGUAAUUGCCUAGACUUUUUUUUUAUCUAGAUAAAAGCUGUACAUAAUGUAAUAUUUUUGUGAGGGUUAUUUUUUUUUAAUCUUGAUAAUGGUGUGGAUUAUUAAAACUCAAGUCUACUCUAAGCGAGGUACAGAAGGUAUCAUUCAUACAUUUUAUUUGUAAAGUUGAAUUGAAGUUAGUGAUGGUCUGAAUGCUAAAUAGAGAUACUGGAACAAACAAAAUUGCCUUUUGAAAAAGAAAUCAACGUAUAAUUACAUUUGUAUGUAUUAUACUGUAAUUUCAACUGUAAAUAUGUAUAAGCAUAUAUUUUGGUGCAUUUCCCUUUAAUGCGUUGGAAUACGAAUAUAGGAUGUACCAAAGAGAGUGUGGGCUUUGCUUGAUUGGGGUUUGUAUUUGUCAUAUCAAAGGAUUCCGCAGCACAGUCUUUAACAAGCAAUACAACAUUUGUAUUCUUAUACUUGCCAUUUAUAACAUCAAAGAUAUCAAGUUUAAUCUAUAUUUUUUACAAUAAUAAAUGAAUCACUGAGACUCAUAACUGUUGGGGAAUAUUUGAGGACAUAGGUGCAGAUUUAACUUAGUGUGAGUUUAGUGCUCACCAUAGAAAAAUUCACCCACUCUCUAGUCAUUCCUAUGGGAUUUUUAGAAGCUUAUUUAUUUAAUGGUAAACUCUAACUUUCACCCACUGAUAAAUAUGCUUCUAAAAAUCUCAUAUGAAUGAGUAGAAAGUGGGUGAACUUUUCUGUGUUGAGAUCUAAUUUCAUACUUUGACAAAUCUGCCCCAAGGGAUCCUUGGUGUAAUUAUAUGUAUGUUUCAAGCUUGGCUAAUCUGGCACCAGUUAGAGCUAUAAUGAUGCAAAGUAAGAACAUGUGGAGUAGCUCUUGAAUUAACGCACAUAUACCUGCACCUUCUUUUUUCACAACUGAUAUCUUGAAAUACUAUUGAGUAGGUCAUUUUUAGCAAAUAUAAAAGAAAUGACUUAGCAAUCACUGGAAAAAACAGCAAUGUUAUUUUGUUUCUAAAAAACGCUGUUUUAGUUUGAAAAUAAAAUCUUUCUUCAACGUGCCAUGAUUUAUAGUGAAGCAGUGGCCUUCAUAGUUCAUUUACAUCUCAUAGGUCAAGUUUUUUUAAAAAAAACCAUGAACAAAUGAAAUAAUAAAAAUAGACCAGUAGUACAUAGCACUUGCUACCUUGACACAGAACAUAAUGAAGAAUGUAUGUCAUUCAGUUCUGUAUGUAUAAUUUAUAUGUAAGACAAUGGAGGAAAAAUCUAAAGCUUAUAUCAAAUCUAAAGGCUUGCUUAAAAAGUCCAAACUUCUGUAGACUUUUAUUUUAGAUACAACAAAAUGUGUUGUUUUCCCUUUAAAUUUUAAGGUAAGACAUUGAGGUAUAUUUAUCAUGCUGUGUAAAAUGAAACAUUACCGGUGAUGUUGCUCAUAGCAGCCAAUAAGAUUCUUUGGUUUAGUUUUCCAACUAACUGUUGAAAUCUAAUUGCUAAUUGGUUGCCCUGGGCAACAUUGCCGGUAAUGCUUCACUCCACUUUUUACACACCAUUAUUGCAAGUAUUUCAAACAUUUCCUCGGUAGUUUUUUUUUUUUUUUCUCUGCUGCCUCAGAAUAAUAAUAAACAGUUAUUAUAAAGAAAAUUACUGAGGCUAAAACAGCCAUAGUAUUAAAAGAAGAGGGAACAUGAAUUUUGUGCAAGUUGUGGAUGCAGUGUGCUGACUUCUACUUGUCUCAUUUUGUUAAGGCUUAAAUAUCCAUAAGCUUUUAGACAUUCAUACUUGUUACUAACCUCUGGAGUACACACAUUAAAAACUGGUGUGUUUUUUGUUACACUUCCAUGUUAUAAAUUGAAAAGCAAUACUACUGCAAGUAUUUUCCUAUGCAUUUUGCAAUAUUUGUAUGUAACUAAACUGAUAUUUCUUCUCAUAAAUGUUCAGAACUUUCAUGACUAGAAUGCUUUAACAUUAUAUGUACCACACAUUGAAGAUCAGCUAGGCGUACAGUAAAUGCUCUGUAAAGACUAGUCCACACUGGUAAUUUUGUACCAUUAACUUAUUUGCUUGAUUUAAGUGAUAAUGUAAGGAAUUUCUCAUCUACAAAAGGUGUUUAAAUAACUGCUUAAAAUGGGAAAUGUUCUAUACCCCAAAAGCAUAUUGACAGUGACAUAGUUCUGUAACUAUGCUUGUAUAAUAAGUAUGUAGGUAUAUCGGGGAUUUUAUAGAGACUUGGACACUUCAUGUAGUUGUACCUUGUAUUGGGUCAAGUUGCAGGAAAGGCUGUUUAAAUCAUAUGUAUCAUAUAUAUAUCAAAUGCACCCUGUGAAAUCUCUUGCCAAAAUCUCCAGUGUAGACUAGUCCGGAUAAAAAUGGUGGUAAUAUAAGUGCUGGAAUUAUGUUAUUCUAUUAGGCUGUCUACCAUCUUGGGUUUUAGGUUCAGUACCAGCUGUUACCAUUAAAAUGCUGCUAUUUUUUCAUUUUAAAAUCUUUUGUUGGCAAUUAUGAUAUUUUGUGUUUUACUUUUUCCAUUUACAUUAUAUUUAAGGAUGAUUAUAAUGCUAAAUAGCAUUGAUUUGGGCCAGAAAUGAGAAGAUUAGUGGCAAGCAAUCAGUGUAUGCAUGUUUGGAUUUGUGUGUUUGUGUGUGUGUAAUACACACACACACACACACACACACACACGCAUAUAUUGAAUAAAUAUCUGUAAAUAAAGCAUAACAAUGGGUGCUAUGCAUAAUAUUUAUAUUUAUUUGCUAUAAGUACCCAGGUUGUUAUUAUGUAUAUGGGAGUGCAGCUACUUUUGGACAAUAUAUACAGCAACUUUUUACAACUCAAAGUGCCAAAUGCUCUGUUUGCAUGUUCCAAACACUGCGGUUGUGAACGGCUCUUCACAUUUAUACUCUUCAUUUAUGCUCUUCACAAUGUCUUUUUUUAAACAUAUCAUUAAAACUACUACUGUUCUGCUGUACUGUCUUGGUAAUCUUAUUAACAAUAUUGAAAUAUGAGUGGUCCUAAGAGUCCCACAAAUAAAGUCCUAUAUUACCCAUGGCACUUUGCACUUGUUCCUGUCCCUUGAGCUGGAGUGCUCUGUUUAUUAUUUUUCCUCAUGUCUCAGCAUAAUAAGUGUACAUGCACAGUGGCAGCUUCAUAAGUAAAGUAGCAUUUAGAUGCUCUACUUACACGGAGCCCUUUGCAGAUCAUUUGGCUUGAUUGCACAGGAAAAGAUUUGUUUUUUGUUUUAAUGGGUUGAAGUAAUAGACAUGAAUGAAUCCUUUAUAAUAGUGUUAGUGGUUUGGGAACAUUUGCUAUCUAUUUAAACGGAAUGAAUAAGAUAUUCUUUUUUACACAAGAUUUUACGGUAGUAGGUGAAAGUUACAUGAGGCUCAUGAGUGCAGGGACCCUGCUGAACUGAAUCUAUUUUUGUAUGUCUUUUCAUUCCCAGUACUUUUUGUCAUGUGAGUUAUUUUUAAGCCAGUGCAUUGCUGACCUUUGUCAGUUGAAGUGUGUCAUAAAUAUAUAUAAUGUUGUGAAUGUGUACACACAGUGAGGGACUGCUAUUACUUUGCAAAUAUAUGGCCCUUAAAAUAUAAAGCGACAAAAUUGUCAGACAUUAAAUAUUUGUUCCUGUAUAAAAUUAAAAGGUCAUUAAGAAUGACAAACAUGAAUUCUUUACAAUGUUAAAAAGCACAUUUUUUCCAAAAUAAAACCAUCAAAAUAAAAUGUUUUAACAGCC